AGUCACCUGAGCAGGAAGCAAAGCAGAAGGGGAGAGAAUGUUUACAAGGUAGCUGGCUGGUCAUCAAAUGUCAAAAUAUGUUUCUAUCGAAGACACAGAUACCACUUUACUGAAGAAGUGGCGUCCACUAAUAUUAAGGAGUGGUGCGCACACCAGCGUUUGGCUGAAUGUGAUGCUCCAGCGCUCAGUCAGCUCACUCUACUGGACCGUACUGGGGGACCUGGCUGAGAGUGGAAAGGAGGGGACCACAGGGCCCAGCCCAGAGACCACGCGGUGCAAUUCCAGCCCAGUGGAGUUGAAGAGACUACGAAAGUGAUAGAGAAAAAGUGAACCUUCUGUCAAAGCCAUACGGGUGUGAUGGAGUGGGUUUUUGUGAUGAACAGGAUGAGCUCCCAGAGCAGCUCUCUGGCUCAGCGUCGGCGCAUGGCUCUGGGCGUGCUCAUCCUCCUGAUCGUGGACAUCAUCUGGGUGGCCUCUUCAGAGCUCACCUCGUAUAUCUUCAAGCGCCAAGACUACAACAAGCCUUUCUUCAGCACCUUUGCCAAAACGUCCAUGUUUGUGCUCUACCUGCUGGGCUUCCUGGUGUGGAGGCCCUGGAGGCAGAUGUGUACCAGGAGGCUACGAGGCCGACACGCUGCUUUUUUUGCAGAUGCCGAGGCAUAUUUUACUGCCUGCACUACAGACAACAGUCUGAACAACUCUUUAAGUGAACCCCUCUAUGUCCCUGUGAAGUUUCAGGAUGUGUCUGAACAGUCCCUGAAUGCCAAUGGAGACUGUCACACGUCCCCUAAAAAGCACCGGGUCCGAUUCAGCAACAUCAUGGAGGUUCGGCAGUUGCCUUCUACGCAGGCCCUGGAGGCCAAGCUGUCCCGCAUGGCCUACCCGGUGGCCAAGGAUCAUGAGUCCAUGCUGAAGACCGUGGGCAAGCUGACCGUGACCGAAGUGGCCAAAAUAAGCUUCUUCUUCUGCUUUGUGUGGUUCCUGGCCAAUCUCUCCUACCAGGAAGCACUGUCUGAUACACAAGUUGCCAUCGUGAACAUUUUAUCCUCCACUUCGGGCCUCUUCACUCUUAUUCUGGCUGCCAUAUUCCCGAGCAAUAGCAGUGACCGGUUCACACUGUCCAAACUUUUAGCUGUGGUUCUGAGCAUGGGGGGCGUGGCACUGGUGAGCCUAUCAAGCUCGGACGACCCAGAUGACAAGGGGGCCCUAGGUUCUUUCUGGGCGCUGGCUGGAGCCGUCCUCUAUGCCGUUUACAUUGUGAUGAUCAAGCGGAAGGUGGAGCGUGAGGACAAGCUGGACAUCCCCAUGUUUUUUGGAUUCGUGGGCCUGUUUAACCUCCUGCUCCUCUGGCCUGGCUUUUUCUUGCUACAUUACACCGGGUUCGAGGCCUUCGAGCUGCCCAGCAAGCUGGUGUGGAUUUACAUCAUCAUCAACGGCCUCAUCGGAACGGUGCUGUCCGAGUUUCUGUGGCUCUGGGGCUGCUUCCUCACGUCCUCGCUGAUCGGCACCCUCGCCCUGAGCCUCACCAUCCCCCUCUCCAUCAUAGCGGACAUGUGUAUGCAGAAGGUGCGCUUCUCUUGGCUGUUCUUCGCGGGAGCCAUCCCCGUCUUCCUCUCCUUCUUCAUAGCGGCGCUCCUGUGUCACUACAACAACUGGGACCCGGUGAUGGUGGGGCUCCGCCGGGUCUUCGCCUUCGUCUGCCGGAAACACCGCGCUCAGAGAUUGCCGGAGGACAGCGAGCAGUGCGAGAGCCUCAUUCCCCUGCACUCUGUCUCCCAGGACGACAGCGACAGCUGCUGCUCAUGAGCCAAUCGCGGGCUUCCAGGUGGAGAGAAGUGGGAGUGAGCGCAGCACAAGGCGGCGGGGCAGUCUCCAGAGCAGACGAAAGGAGCCCGCGUUCCCAGUGCCUCUCUUUAUUUAUUAACGGCUUUGUCUCCAGCGUCCAGAGGUCCCAUUGAUCCCUUUAAGAAGAUGCACUCUGUCGCUUGAGCCCAUCAAUAUGCUGGAUUUUUUGUCUUCUUUUUUUUUGUUUGUUCGGUUUUAUAUGGUGUCUUAUUUUAUAAACGGUACAAGGGUCAUGGUGGCCCAGUCUCCCAUGCGGUUUUGAAUGUAACAAAUAACAACACAGUAGGCAAACCACUACAUAUUUGCAGAAAUCACUAAAGCCCUGCUGUUUUAUUUUCUUGUGGGUGGGCGGGGCGGGGGGGUCUUUGGGUGCUCGAUAUCAGAGCAUCAGUAAAUGGCGUGCUGCCAACACAUGAGGCGAGGAAUCUCGGAAAGGUAGCUGCAACCUGAGAAUCUUGCUCUCCGGCUGUAAUCAAUGCCAUAUCCUGAGGCUGUACAUACUGUCAGAAAACAAAUAUGAAUAAAGUGUUAUGUUAUUGUGAAAGUUUAAAAACAACUGUGAGCCACAAAAAGACUAUUCCACCCAGACAAACUGGCAGUAGUGGGUGACAAACACUAUGUGACUUUACACCGCGAAAGAUUAGAACCCGUUCUGAGAUCAAGCUGCAUUUUGCGUCCACCCCACAGACCUGCGUGUAUAUUGCAGAUGUGAAACCCUCUUCAGUUUUUGUGGGAGUGAAGGAUGACCCAUGACAUUAGAGCAAAUCAACAAGCCAUUUUCAGAGUUAAGGAUAACCUCUUAGAAAGUGCGUAGCACAUCCAGCCAACCACAGUUCCAGGGUUUUAAAUGCUUUGUAUGCUUAUAGGCCUUUUCCCCCACAGCAUUUUAAAAAAGGUGAAAUUCUUUCCAAAAAGAACCCUUGUAUUCUUGUGUUGUCUUCAACUGUAAUGCUGGUUUUGUUCCACUUCUUGUGGACUCAUUCUUCAACCAGUUUAACAUGAUUCAGUGAAUCCCGGAAUGUUAAUGUUGAUGACAUCAAAUGUGAUUACCGACUCGUACUUUCUGUAACUAUUUCUAUACCUAUUUUAAUUCAUAUUUAAAUGUCCCUUUCUAGUUGCCGUACAUGACAUUAUACUUGGUGCAAUUUGUCCAAGUGUGCUCAUUACUGUUUAGAGCUAAGUAAGAACGGUAUUAAUGCAGAUUUUAGGAAUAUCACUGUCUUAGUCGAGCACAAAUUCAAACCCAGAACAUGGUGUAAAACUGAGCAGUUUCCCAUUCAUGCAAAUUCAUCUUUGUCUCAAAAUUUCAUCUACUGUAUUGUGGCUUAAUGCAAGUUGCAACAAUGAUUUGUGUGAGCUCAAAAGAUUCUUGCAAAAUAUUGCUGUUUUUAAUGUUUCAAAAUGUAUGGUUACAUAAAAAAUCCCACUUAAUUGUAAAAUACUGGAAGCAAAUGUAUAAAGUGUAUAAUUGGCCACAAAUUCUGUUUUCAAUGCUGUACUUAUGUUAAAACUGUUUGAAACAUUGUAUUCCCCUCACAAUGGUGCUUCAGUGUUUGUGCAUAAAGAAGAAUGACUUUGAAGUCUCAGGUACUCUGGGGAAGAACAGAAUGAUUUUUAUGAUUUGUUUUUUUAUUGUUUUCCUUUUGUUUGUUUUUUUGCUUUAUCUAAUCAGAGCCUUUCUAUUGUUUUGUAUACAUAUUUGUAAGUGUAUAAUGAUCUCCUUUUAAAGAUAUGUAUGGCUUUGUAAAAGCUCUCGUUUUGUAGUCGUAGCCACAAUAAAUGAGAAAAGGUUA